AUGAGGACUGUGGAGGGUGGGGAGAAAUAUCUAGCAGGCAAGGCGGGUGGGGGAACCUGGUGGGACUCUACAGCAGGUGGGUCGGGGCAGGCAGCCCAGUGGGGCUGCGCGUGGCCAGCAAGGGCGGGUGGCCAGCAAGGGCGGGUGGCCAGCAAGGGCGGGUGGCCAGCAAGGGCGGGUGGCCAGCAAGGGCGGGUGGCCAGCAAGGGCGGGUGGCCAGCAAGGGCGGGUGGCCAGCAAGGGCGGGUGGCCAGCAAGGGCGGGUGGCCAGCAAGGGCGGGUGGCCAGCAAGGGCGGGUGGCCAGCAAGGGCGGGUGGCCAGCAAGGGCGGGUGGCCAGCAAGGGCGGGUGGCCAGCAAGGGCGGGUGGCCAGCAAGGGCGGGUGGCCAGCAAGGGCGGGUGGCCAGCAAGGGCGGGUGGCCAGCAAGGGCGGGUGGCCAGCAAGGGCGGGUGGGCAGCAAGGGCGGGUGGGCAGCAAGGGCGGGUGGGCAGCAAGGGCGGGUGGGCAGCAAGGGCGGGUGGGCAGCAAGGGCGGGUGGGCAGCAAGGGCGGGUGGGCAGCAAGGGCGGGUGGGCAGCAAGGGCGGGUGGGCAGCAAGGGCGGGUGGGCAGCAAGGGCGGGUGGGCAGCAAGGGCGGGUGGGCAGCAAGGGCGGGUGGGCAGCAAGGGCGGGUGGGCAGCAAGGGCGGGUGGGCAGCAAGGGCGGGUGGGCAGCAAGGGCGGGUGGGCAGCAAGGGCGGGUGGGCAGCAAGGGCGGGUGGGCAGCAAGGGCGGGUGGGCAGCAAGGGCGGGUGGGCAGCAAGGGCGGGUGGGCAGCAAGGGCGGGUGGGCAGCAAGGGCGGGUGGGCAGCAAGGGCGGGUGGGCAGCAAGGGCGGGUGGGCAGCAAGGGCGGGUGGGCAGCAAGGGCGGGUGGGCAGCAAGGGCGGAACUGGAAAGGGCGCGUGUGCAGCAAGGGAGGAACUGGAAAGGGCGCGUGUGCAGCAAGGGAGGAACUGGAAAGGGCGCGUGUGCAGCAAGGGAGGAACUGGAAAGGGCGCGUGUGCAGCAAGGGAGGAACUGGAAAGGGCGCGUGUGCAGCAAGGGAGGAACUGGAAAGGGCGCGUGGGCAGCAAGGGAGGAACUGGAAAGGGCGCGUGGGCAGCAAGGGAGGAACUGGAAAGGGCGCGUGGGCAGCAAGGGAGGAACUGGAAAGGGCGCGUGGGCAGCAAGGGAGGAACUGGAAAGGGCGCGUGGGCAGCAAGGGAGGAACUGGAAAGGGCGCGUGGGCAGCAAGGGAGGAACUGGAAAGGGCGCGUGGGCAGCAAGGGAGGAACUGGAAAGGACAGCUGGGCAGCAAGGCUGGAACUGGAAAGGACAGGUGGGCAGCAAGGCUGGAACUGGAAAGGACAGGUGGGCAGCAAGGCUGGAACUGGAAAGGAUGGGUGGGCAACAAGGCUGGAACUGGAAAGGACGGGCACGCAACCAUGUAUGAACUGGAAAGGGGACUUGCAAACAGCUGUGCAGAAACUUGUAAUGGGUUGUGUAAACAGGUAG